CUUUGAUUUAAAAUGCUUCCUUCUGUCCUCUUUCGCCAAUUUUGUCUAAAAUUGAAUUUUUUUUAAAUAAAAAAAUCCAGAGGUUGUAAGACGAUAAUUGCCACUUUGUUUUGUGCAUAGUUGAUCCACUUUCACUGCAGGGUAUGCUUUUUUAAUUUAUUGGCCUAUUUUUGGAUAGAUUGACCACAUCCGCUCAUUGACGUCACGAACAUUUUCAAACCCGGCCAGAUGCAUUUUUGUUUCAGUGCGGACCUGAUCAAAUUUGUUAACUUCAACUUUUCGAAAUAGAUUUUUUUUUUGUUAACUUCAGUUUAAAAGUGAGAGAGAGAGAGAGCAAAAAAGUCUUGCUUUGGAGUAUUCCACAGUCGCUUUUAUUAUUUUCUUAAAUAGUCCAUGAUGAAAGUCUCUCAAGAUUUGAUUCAGCAAGAGAAGAACGAGUCCGAAGAGAUGGUGUACAGGUCGUCGAAGGCGGACGAGGAGGAGGAGGAGAGGGAGAGCCCGAGCAGCAAGACGCCACACAACGUGUUCAGGAACGAUGGCAGCUUCUUGGAGAUGUUCAAGAAAAUGCAGGAGAAACAGCAGAAGGACAAGGAGGAGGUCGAGGCCGAAAAGUCCGCCGCCUCUUCGUCCAAUACUUCUGCCGCCACCGCCCUGGGCCCUCUCAAGCACCCGUUCGUCGGGAAACGGCGCGGUGGUCGUGUCCUCCCGACUGGCAAAGUGAAAAAGGCCAAAGUCGAGGCCGACUCAGACGAGCCAGCACCGAAAGACGCCUGGUCCGUCUACCUGGCCGAGGUCAAGCGGUACAAAGAGACCACUUGUGAGGAAGAUGGAAAAACUAGGCCGCUUGUCAAAUAAACUUUUGAAUAACCCUCCCUUCUAAUUAUAACUUAUUAUCGGGAGAAUCUUUUUUUAUUUAAUUUUAUUUUUAUUUAAUAUCAUUUGUAGAUAGCACAGAAUUCAAUUUUAUUAUAUAUUACAAUUAAGCUAAGCAAUAUUUUGUAUUUUCUUUUUCUAAAUAAUUAUAAAAGGUCUCCUUUUUAUUAUCAGCUUUCAUCCCAAUAAAUACUUUCAUAGAGGUCUUUAAAAUUUAAAUGUACUUCAAAUAACUUCCACAGUUAUUUAAAAGAAUUCUACAAUUAAAAGAAUAAAACACUGAUAAUUUUUGGAGGCCUCAUAAGUAAUUAAAUCAAGUAUUAAUUAAUUAUAUGUAUCAUAAAUCUCAUAUAUUAAACUAUCAUAGGUUAAUAAAAUUAUUACAAACAUGAUGUGAUAUUUAUGAAAUUACAUAAUUCGCUUUUAUAUAGGCUUUUUAUUACAGUAUAUUUCUACCAUAAACACCACUUUUCCAUAGGCAGUCAUGUCACAUUUCUCGCAUUUUUAUUUAUUUAUUUUUUAUUUGAUUUUUAAAUAUUUGGAACAAGUUUAUAAAUCGAUGCUUGACGUUGAUAAUGACUCAGAAUUUCUCUUUGUGUGGAAUUUUUCUGUUUCUUGGUGUAUGCUGAAUUUUUGUCUUUUUUUAAAAUUUUAUUUAUUAAUUUGUUUUAAGUAUUUAAUAGUCAAGUAUAAGUCUGGGAGCGUUGAUCUGUAAUGCCAUAAUUUUCUUUGGCGUUCUAUAAUUUAUCUUAAAUUUUAAUCUCCUGUUUGCACGAUCAAAGUUCGGCUUAUGCAUAUUCAAUAGAAAUUCACGUGUAAAUGUUAGAAAAUCUAGAUUUAUAAGGACAGUUUGCGAGUUCUUACUUCUCAAAAUAAAUCAAUUGCUCUCAACAAAAUUAGAAAUUUUGAACUUUCUCUUUUGUUAAAAAAUUGUU